CUCUCUCUCAGGCUGGACUGCUCUGCCUCCUCGUUAGCUGUUAGAAUGCUGACAGGAUCGUAUGAGACAGGCUCGUCCAGGGCUGUCCUGAGCGUGCAUGCGCUCGUGUGACGUGUCUCCUCUCAUCUCCUUGCCAAUUGCGGACUUCUCACUUUCCCAUUUUCCAGCGUUUGGACCAUUAGGACAUUGUGGACUUCACCUUGGUGCCCAAAUACCAUGACCUUCCUUCAACUGGGUAAUACAUCCAUUAAUCCUCUACUUUUAUCCAAGCAUACAGUGGCAGCUAUGGGCCAUGAAGCAGUGCUAGCUGGCUAAUCUCUGGCUGGAAUCACUGUGUUCAGCGUAUGAGUAGAGAUAUGAGUGAACUUCAGCCAUCUGCGCUAACCAUGAAACCCUCGGAAGGGGUCCACCAUGGCAUGUGUCUACCAUUACACAGCGGUGCUGUAGAUGCCAGUGCCUUUGCAGAAUCUUCAUCAUCGUCAUCAGCAUCUCCAGACUCCAUGCGCAGUCUGAGCAGUCUGAGUGGCACCCGAACGGACAGCCCACUGGACGUGGAAAUGCCAGAGGGGAUAAUGAGAAGGAAAGUGACCACGGGUGAGGAUGACUCUGGGAUUCAAAGCCCAGACUGUGGAGCUGAAAAUGACAACGACAACUCGGUGUCUGUCUACUUAGAUGCCAAUGAAGAAGGCUGGUGUGAAAUCCAUGAUGACCAAGAUAAUGUCACUUUGGUUUUGACCCUGAAACAAGGCCAACGCGAUGACUGCAUUGAUGGUCAUAGCAAUGGUGACCACGGGAGGCGGAGCUCAGAUGACUCUUCAGCAACAGAAGCGGUGCUAUGCUGUUCAGGAUAUGAGGAGGAGGAGGAUGAAGAGGAGGACUCUUUUCUAUCUCUGAGUUCUGCUGAUGUGGUGAUGAGGUGCCAGAAUGAGGAAGGCCAGAUACAGAUCUCUUCUAUGGGGCCUAAUGUAGGCCCUGUGAGUGAGCUGCAUAAGGAGGCCCUUCAGGAAUCAGUGGAGCAGGACCAGAUGCAGAGCUUAUCCAGGAGGUCUAAUGUGGACCCUCUGAGUGAGUUUCAUCAAGAAGGCCUUCAGGAGUCGAUGGAGCCUCACACUGGGGAAAGCCAGAUGCAGAACUCAUCCAGGAGACCAGAUGUAGGCCUUGUGAGUGAGCUUCAUCAGAAGACUCUUCAUGAAUCAAUGGAGGUUGACACUGUGGAGUGUGAAGUGCAUCACUCAACCAGGAGGCCCCACAUGGGCCAUGUGAGUGAGCUCGAUAAGACGGAUCUUCAGGAAUCAAUGGAGAUUCACACUGAGGAAUUCCAAAUGCAUAGCUCAACUAGGAUGCCUGACAUGGGUCAUGUGAAUGAGCUCCAUCAGGAGGCUCUUCAGGAAUCAACGCAGUUUCAUACAGAGGAGGGUCAGAUGCUGAGCUCAUCCAGGAGGCCUGAUGUGGGCCCUGUGAAUGAGCUCCAUCAAGAGGCCCUUCAGGAAUCAACACAACUUCACACUGAGGAGGGCCAGAUGCAGAGCUCAUCUAAAGGGCCUGAUAUGGGUCCUGAUAGUGAGGUCCAUCAGGACUUUGUUGGGCCUCAUCUUGAGAUAAGUCCAUCUCAUCUACCCUCAGAAGUCACUCUUAGUGAUACAGUGCUGCCUCCAGUUUCUGAGGAUAAUUUUGUGGUUUCUCCGCCAUCUGCACCCAGCCAGGAGCCCAAAAAGACUGUCUCCUCCACCACCCGCAACAAAAAUGAAAAAACAAAACUGACCUUGCAAAACACCAAAGAUCGUCCAGGUCAAGGUCACACCAGACCUACCACAAAGCCUUCCAUGACCAAAUCCACCAAAACAGAAAUGAAACGGUUUCCCAGGCCUGACUUAAAGAACGUCAAACCAAAGGUCAAUUCUAGGGCUGCCUCUGCACCAAGACCAGCUAAUCCCAGCCAAUCAGCAGCCGGCACAGAGAAGAAGCCUCCACCUUCUAGGGGGCGAACAGCCAACAGCAAAGACCAAGAUGCUGAUGGUGUCAUCAAGAAGAGGAGGUCGUCCUCCAACCAGGCAAGAGUGACGAUGCCAGCACCAAUUACAGACCCCAAACCUAAAGCCGUACACCUGCAAAUAGAGAAAACGCCCCUGUGUGUCAGUGAUGCAAACGUGAGGCCAGAGAUUGUUGUCAAUGGCGACCAGGAGCAGAACGAAGGUGCAGAGGUCAUGGACGUAGUAAAUGAGGAGAGGGAAUGUGACAAAGAGGAGGUCCCACUAGAGACACAGUCAGCCAAGGAGAUUCCUGAAGAUUUAGACCAGACGGGGUCCAAACUGAAGACCCCCAAAGCUGUGUCCGUGCCCACCGGGGUACAAGCUCCUGCGUCAACCGGUGUACCUAAGACGUGUAGCCCCGCCUCCUCCUGUAGAGCUCCCCAGAAACCCGCCUCCUCCAAACUGCCAAUCAAAAGCGGAGGCCUCACCGCGAGCCUGAGCUCCUCCUCACUGGGCAGCGCGGCCAGCGAGAGCAACACGUCGGCCGGCAGAGGUGUUGCCCAGGUGGUGAGGAGCGAAGAGAAAGCUGUUAGAUCCUCCUCGACAUCGCAGGGAAAACCUGCUAAUAACAAACCAGCAGUGGGUCUCCGCAACAGAGCCAACUCUACACCUGCGAAACCCACCACUGCAGGCCAGAAGGCUCCAGCUCUGCUCAAUAACGCCGCAGCGAAGCCGACCCAGAAUGCCCUGCAGCGCAGUGGAUCUGCAAGACCCAACCGGCCCACUGGAACUACAGUGGAGAAAAGUUCCAGGGGGGUCCGCAGCGUCCCGGGACGACCCCACGUCAGCGGAGGAGGAGGAGGAGGAGGAGGAGGGGGAGGGGUGGUCACACACACCGAGGAUGAGGAGGAGAAACAGCUUCGUCUUCAAAAUGAGAGGAAGAACCAGUGCAUCCUCCAGCUCCGCAAACUCGUCGCCCAUGGCAACCGCAGGCUGGAGGCGCUGGCCCUCGUCAUCCAGCACAUCUUCAACGAGAGAGAAGAAGCUCUGAAGCAGAAGAAAGACGUUUCGCUCCAGCUGAAAAACCUACGAGAGGAACUCUCUAACUCGGUGUCGUGCUGUGAGCGUCUGCAGAAGGAGAAGGAGGAGGUGUGCGUGGCGUUGGAGGCGGCGGUUUUGAAGCUCCAGCAGCAGCACCAGGCUGAGCUGACUCAGCUGGAGGAGACGCUCAGGGACUUCUACUCAGCAGAAUGGGACAAAACCCACCAGGCCUACCAGGAGGAGGCCGACAAGUGCAGGGCGUUCAUGCAGCAGCAGGUGGAGGAGGUGAGGAGCAAACAGGAAGCUCUGAGGAAAGAACAGGAAGCAGCACAUGCUCAGGAGAUGGAGGCACUGAAGGAGGAAUACGAGACGGCACUAACAGAUCUCAGGAACGCCCAUAAGAACAACAUGCAGGAACUGGAAAAUAUGCGCAAACAAUCAGAGGCUUCAAUGAACGCGAAGAUUGAGAGCCUGAUGGAGGAGAACGAAGCUCUGAGCGCCAAACUGAGAGAGGAAGAGGAGAGGAGGAAGGCUCUCGCAGACAAGAGCCAGAAGGACCCUCAUAUGGUGUACCUGGAGCAGGAGCUGGAGAGUUUGAAAGUUGUUCUGGACAUUAAAACAAGUCAGCUGCACCAGCAGGACAAAAAGCUCAUGCAGAUGGACAAGCUGAUGGAGAGUAAUGUGAAACUGGAAGAGUGUCUGAAGAAGCUGCAGCAGGAAAAUGAAGACUACAAAGCUCGCAUGGACAAACAUGCCGCGCUUUCUAGGCAGCUGUCCACAGAGCAGGCCAUGCUUCAACAGACCCUACAGAUGGAAUCAAAGGUCAACAAGAGGCUGUCAAUGGAGAACGAAGAGCUGCUAUGGAAGCUCCACAACGGUGACCUCAGCAGCCCGAGACGACUCUCGCCCUCCUCGCCCUUUCCCUCGCCCCGAAACUCCGCCUCCUUCCCCAGCGCCCCCAUAUCGCCCAGAUAACCCUGCCCCCAAGACCCCCCAAACCACAGACUUCACCCUCAAAGCACCCCCCCCCAAAACCACUCACUUCACUGGACGUUGUUUUACCCUUUGGAAUGAAUUGAGUGACUUGUGUACAGUUUAUAAAAGACCCGAUCACCUCUCCAGAAAAAAGACAAUGUUGCACAGAUGCACUUCCAGAGGGAGGGACUUGCCUUUGCUCUGCCGUUCGUUUCUUUCUUUCCUUACUUUUCCCCUCUUUUGAUGGAGGAAAACACCUCAGGGUUUGUAUAUAGACUCUCCUCCUCAUGCUCUCACCACGUUUGGUUCCUGCUAGUGCUCCCUUCGUUUUCUAAAGCAGGGUUUGUGCAUCAUAUUCAUGAAGCUUAAUUUGAGGCCUCCCUUUCGCUUACCUGCUCAAAACAUAACCAGAGUGGGGAAGAAACCCCCGGUAUGCCUGUUUUGAGAAUGAUGAUGAAAUAAAGAAGAGGAAACCUGGUAGACGUCCCAUAGGAACUGUAGAGAAAGUUUUAUUUAGACAUCCUACUACUCAAAAUCUCGAAUACUGCUCCAUGUACCAACCAAUAUAGCAUGUAAAUCCAAAUAACCUGCCCAAUCCUGAUGCUCUCGAAUGUAUUCUGCCAUCCCUAAGGCCUGUUUUUCUCCGACUGUCUGUGAACUGGAACUCUUUAAGAAUGUCUCCCUCAUCUCAAGCACCGUCUUUGUUUUUUUUAUUUUUUAUUAACACAUUAAAAAUACCUGAACACAAA